GUCAACCACACGUGAGUCCCGGCCAUCCACUUCACGUACCCCAUAACCCUCCCUCUCCCAUUGACACGCGUCAUGCAUUCAUUCUGUUCGUCAAUCACUGAUAGCUAUGGAUGAAAAGCGACCAGCAUGAUCGGUUCUGCUCCGCCUGCCUCGGAGCUCUGGCUUGGACGGCUGCUGUGCCGGCUUCGUUGCCUCACCAACAUGGGUGAUGUACGAGGCCGGCGGCGUGCAGCGAAUCCAACCAGAGCUCAGGUAGAACCAGAAGGAAGAAUGACGGCAUGCACCACCACACGGAGAUGGGAAUUGUGUUCAAACGGAGGCAGCAAUCGAACAUCACUCUCUCAGCCUUUUCUCGCAAUACAGGGGCCGACGAAUCAGCCCAGCUCGUCUGUGUCCCCUCACGACCCCCAUGCAUCCCUUAAACAGCAUCAGUCUUCCCUUCCUCCUUCCCCACUCCCUCUCCCCCUCCCCCAUCAUCUCCUUUGAGCACCAUCUCCCUGGCCAUCUGUGUGGCCCUCUGGUGGGCCGCCAGGACGGCCGCCCUCUUGGAUCGUCCCGUGGCGUGCUCGAGGGCGGGGUCACGGUGGGAGGGGAUGGGGUGCAGCAGCCAGGGGUCCAGCAUGGAGGGCAGGGCCGUGGCAUCCUCUCUCUUGGUCAGGCUGUGGAUCAGAGAGGACGUGGUGUCCAGCUGCAGCUGCAGGGGCUGCGACAUUGACUCGGUCAGCUCAGCCACUGCACACAAAGGCAAAGAAGAUUGGAAGGAAUCAUAGAUUGUUUCAGGAGCAGCGUACCUAGUUUUGGUCCCAGUAUGUCUGCUGAGAUGCCCUUGGUGAUGCUGACGAUCGCGGCCUGACACUCAUCCUCGCCCUUCUCCUGCACAUGCAUACACACACAGACGGCAUAAGAGCUAAGUAAGACACUUGUCCAUGCAUCUUGCUCUUGUCCCUCUCACCUCUUCAAGCCAUGCAUCCAGCUUCUCCGCUGCCUCAUCCGCACCCUCUUGGUCCUCUUCCACCUCCCUACCCCUCUCCUCCAUCCUGCCCUCUGCCAUCCUCUCAUCAGUCACCAUCGGCCCCUCACCCAUGCCGCCCAUCAGCUCGCCGAACGCCGGCCCCGGUGGCCCACCAAACCCACCUCCCCGCCAGCCUCCAGACAUGUCAGGUGGUGGCGGUGGCUGGAAGCGCGGCCCGUAGUCCAUGGGCCCCCUUGGCGGAGGAUAGUCCAUCGGGUGGUGUGGGGGAUACAUAAUGUGCGGGGGCCUCUCGGGGCCACCGUAGAACGAGUCUGGCGGGCCCCCCCAGUGCCCGCCGCGAUCCGACAUGGGUGGCGGUGGUGGGGGAGGGGGCCCCUCGUCCUCUCUGUCCCAUCUCCCAGGCCCAGGCCCAGGGCGCCACGGCCGGUCAAUGGGCGUCGGGCCCGGCACACGAGGGGGUGGGAGUGGACGAGGCCAGCGGCCUUCCUGAGGGGGCGGCCUUCGCGGAUAGUACGAUAUCGGCACGCCAGGCCCGGGUUGCUCCUCUUCCUCGCCUCGCAUCAUGAAGUCCUCCCCUUCACGGCCCUCCUCUUCUCUCUGCUGUGGUGGCGGGAACUGGCCGAAACCCUCAGACCCUCCAGGUCCACCAGGCCCUUCCCAUGGCCCAGGAGGAGGUCGAAAGCCUUCGCCGAAUGGCGGCGGCUGAUAGGGUGGCCGAAAGCCGCCGUCCUCCCUGUCGUCCCUGUGCAUUACGUGGGGGUAGGGAGGCUCCUCCCUCUCCGGCCGCAUCAUCGGUCGCGGGCGCCAUCCAAAGGGCGGCCCGCCCUCGGGAUAGAACAUCUGCCUGUCCGGUGGCGGGUGGCGGGGCGCACUCGAGCUGCGAGUCAUCUGUUGGUGAUCGUCUGGCUGCUGCUGUGGCUGUUGUUGCUGCGGUGGAUGAUGGGGCGGGGGUGGUAGAGCGCCAUCGGCCAUGUGUGGUGGCAAGGGGCCUGGCUGUGGCGGGCCUGGCGGUGGUGUGAAAGGCGAUCGAUCCAUCUGACCAUUCUGCGGGGGCGGGGGCUGGCCGCCAGCCGGGCCAAAAGGAGCAGGAGGACCACCUGCACGUAACAAACAGAGAUAGAAAGACGAAUGAAUGCGACCAUCUCAUGGUUCCGUGCAUAUUCUCACCUUCUCCCAUGUCGCUUCUCGGCACCAUCAUCGCCCCGCUGCCGCGCGGCCCAGUGCCCAUCCACUGCUGCCCAUCCUGCCCGCCAUCGCCAGCCGGCACUGGGGGCGAUGAAGGGAUAGAUGGCGGCUUGCUGCCCUGCUCGAUCCACCGACCAGAUGCUGUGCGGCGCGCGUGUGGGGCGGGGGUAAGGAUGGGAGGGUAGCGACGCGACGGCGGAGGCGCCAGCCAGUCGGGGGGCGGUUGUUGCUGCUGCUGCUGCAUGUCUGGUGGGCCGCUCUCUGGAGAGUGGAUGGGCGGUGGCUCGAUGGGGGCCUGAGGAAUCAGCCGAGAGAGAGAAAUCAAUCUCAUGAUCCAAUUGUCAUGGUCUUGUUUCGAUCUUACCUGCUGCUGCGGUGGUGGUGGUGGUGGUGGAGGUGGCUGUCCUCCCUCCUCUCUCGGCUUCUCUCCCUCACCAACGUAGCCCCUCAUCCCCUCAUGCUGCUGCUGCUGCUGUUGAUGUUGCUGCUGUGGGUAUUGCCCCUCAUAGGGCCCUGGUGGCGGUCGAUACAUGCCCUCGUCCAUCAUGGGCGGCGGGCCCCGCCAGCCAGCACCAGGAUGGGACGGCUGACCCUGCCAGGGCGGCGGAGGGCGGCCGUAGCCGGGAUGGUGAUGCUGAUGCAUGUCGGGGGGCGGCCCUUCGUGCGGUGGCAUGUCUGCGUCGGGUGGCGGGGGCUGCUGGUGGGGUGGAUGCAUUAUCAACGGAGGCCGGUCUGACGGUGGCAUAAAGGGACGGUGAGGUCCUCGGAAGGGGAAGCGACCGCCUCGAGGGCCGCCGUCCCAGGGAGGUCUGGGGCCGCCUUCAGGGAACCCGUGCUCACCGCCCUGACCACCAGGGGGCUGCUGCUGCUGCUGCUGCUGCAUGGAAACAGGACAGGAGUGUCACGUACGGCGAGUGAUGUGAUGUGAUGUGAUGUGUGCUGUCGUAUGGUGGUGUCUGACCUCGUGUUGUUGUGGCGGCCUCCAUCCUCUUGGUCUGAGCAUGGGUCCUCCUCCACCCCCUUCCCUCUCCAUCCUGCCCCUGAAGCCACCCCGCCCCCUGCCCCUGCCGCGCGCCUCGCGUGCCUCCCGCGCCUGCUUUCGCUCCAUCUCCUUCUUCUCCCACCACGGGGGAGACCGCCGAUUGCCGUCACCUGGGCGAUCGCCCUGAGGAGGUCGUUCGCCUUCACGAGGUCGGUCGCCUUCCUCACGCGAGUCACGCCUCUCCCUCUCCCUAUCCCUCUCCCUCUCUCUGCUCUCCCUGCUGUCUUCGCGUCGCCUGAAUCCGCCACGACUGUCGUCCUUUCCACCGGCCUCCUCACCGCCCCUUGCCGGAGGGUCGCAGGGCUCGCCCACGUCUGGCGCCCUGUCGAAACGAUGUGGCCGGUCCUGACCGCGGAACUUGACGGGCGACCCGACGUUAUCCUGCUGCUGCUGCUGCUGGCCGUCACCGCCGCCAAAGCCGCUGCUGACCUUGCCGGCCUCGACAUCCGGCCUGUCAUCUUCGGGCUUGGGCUGGUCCAGCUUUGGUGAUGAUGUGUCCAUGAUGACGCGACGGGCGGGGACGGGGGGCGUGUCCCGCCUGGGUGACUCGUCCCGACGAGAAGGGGGGGUGGGAGUGCCGCCACCGGUGAAGCUGUUGGCCUGCAUCCAUAGAUCAGAGCACAAAGACCAGCCGUGAAGUCCGUGAUGGGUGGCGCGUUGUCUUGCUGCCUGCCUCACCCUCGGAGGUUCUCUGUCGCUCCUCCCACGCUCCCGUGACCGUCUGGGCGACCUCUCGCGGUGUCUGUCCCUCGCAUCUCUAUCGUCCCUGAAGCCCCUGUCAUCCCUGUCACGCGAGAAGGGCUGAUGGCUGUUGUCCAGGUCCCUCUCCCUCUCCCUGUCUCGGUCUGCCCUCCUGGGUGUGGAGUGGUCGUUGUGGGCGUCGCGGUGCUCCCUGUGCCUGCUGCGGUCGUGGCGGCUCUCAUCGUCAGACUCUCGCCUGCGGUCCUUUUCCUGACGAUCCUUGUCCUGAGUAAGGAAAGCGCGUGUGCCUGCCUGUUGUCUGCCUGUCCGUCUGUGUGGGUACGAACCUUGUGUUUGUGCUUCUUCUUGUGCGACCUCUUGGUGUCGUCACUGUCAGGCGAGGAGCUGACAAUCCUGUCCCGCUCAUCCCGCUCGCCCGACCGGUGUUUCCUCUUCUUGGCCUUCUUCCGCUCCCUCCUCCGCUCAUCAUCCUCCCUAGUAUCGCGCUCGCCACGCCUCAGACCCUCCAUUGCCUCGUCCACAUCACGACCCAGGUGACGCGCCUCAGGAGACUGCAUCCAUGAGCCAUCCCAAUGAAAACAGGUGGCCUUCUCUGCCUUUGUGUGCGUCUAUGUGCUUACGUGUACCAGUCCCAGUUCUUCAGCAGGGUCCACCGGCGGCUCCGAUGGCCUCCAUCUGUCGUCGCGACUCGCAGCACCGAACCCAUCCUCGAAACGAGAACGACACUGUGACAUGCUGGCCCCUGAUGCUCACUCAGCUCAUGCAGCACGUAUCCUCAGCUGGCAGAACGGCAUUUCCAUACGCGAAGGUGGGUGCCGAACGCGAAGAACAUUGAAUGAUCCGCAAAGUUGUUUUUUCGCUCACAAAGCCCUCAACAGUCACA